GCUGCCUGCUGGUAUUGAUCGAGUGAUCGGACUCCGACUCCGACUCCAGUUCGAUCUGCUGUGUAUUUAGUUCUCGAGACUCCCCCGACGCCGCGCCCCUUCCCUCUUGCAAGAACCCUGCCCCCCACACUCUCGGUUCUCUCAGCGCGGCGCUCGGGUUGGUGUGCCGCUCAUGGCGGCGGCGACCCGCCGCAAGCGCCCGGCGCCCACGGGAACCUGCUCCAGCUGUCCCGCGGCGGCCGGCAAGAAGCGGCCGCGGUACCAGUUCGGGAGCAUCUACAACUACGAGAAGCUCGAGGUGCUCGGGGAGGGCACCUACGGCGUCGUGGUGAAGGCGCGGGACCAGCGCACGGGCGAGACGGUGGCCAUCAAGUGGAUCCGCCCCGACGACGACGGCGCUGGCGCGACCGACCUCCGCGCGGUGUUCCGCGAGGCCGGCUGCCUCGAGGCGUGCAGGGGCCACCCCUCGAUCGUGCAGAUGAAGGAGGUCGCCGCCGAUGAGGUCACCGGGCACGUGUUCAUCGUGAUGGAGUUCGUGGGCCCGAGCCUCGAGAGCCGCCUCACGCGGCCCUUCUCCGAGGCCGAGACCCGCGCGAUGAUGCGCCAGCUCCUGCGCGGCGCCGAGAAGCUGCACGGCGAGGGCACGGUCCACCGCGACAUCAAGCCGGACAACAUCCUCGUUGGCCCCGGCGGCACGCUGAAGAUCUGCGACCUCGGAAUGGCGGCGCCGGCGAGGCGCGCGGGUGAGCCGUACCCGGAGGAAACCGUGGCCGCGCUGUGGUACCGCGCGCCGGAGCUGCUGAGGGGGGCCCGGACCUACGGCGCCGCCGUGGACAUGUGGGCGCUGGGGUGCGUGAUGAGCGAGUUGCUCACCGGCGAGCCCCUGUUCGAGGACGCGAAGACGGAGGAUGACGUCCUCCACAGGGCGCACGACCUGGAGGACGCGAUGGAGUUCACGGACCUGGCGUUCGGGGACCUGCCAGAGCUGUCGGAGGCCGGGCGCGAGGUCCUGCGUGGCCUGCUGAGCUUCGCGCCGGAGAAGAGGCUCACCGCGGCGGAGGCGCUCAGCCACCGGUGGUUCGACGGGGAGGACGCGCCCCUGUCCUCUGCUCUUUGUCCUCGGAAGGAUCGCCGUGGUUUCAUCAGUUUCAUCUAG